AUGGAUCAGGAAGCGGAGGUUAGCAAUCACAGCAAUGACAUGAAUCAGGAAGAGGAGGUUAGCAAUCAAAGCACUGACAUGGAUCAGGAAGUGGAGGUUACGAGUCACAACACUGAAAUCCGUAAGAUUGUUGCACAUACGGCCGAGAUUGAGGUUGUCUACACCGAUGACAACCAUAAAGCAGCCGAGAUUGUGGACAUGUACGAGCAGUGGCUUAGCAAGGAUGAAUACAAGUUCAUGGGCCUCGACUUUGAGUACUGCGAUCCGGAAUACGAAGGUGACUAUCGGAUCGCCGUCAUCCAACUGGCGAUGAAGAAUCAUGUAUUGGUCUACCAAUGGUCAAGCGUCGAUAUAAGGAAUGACAAAAUAGCAAUGAAGCAAAGUUGGAAUAUUGACAUAGCAAGUCAGUACCACAUUGAUCUGCAGGACUUGUUCAAGCUUGAACCUGACAGGACUGGGAUGGCUGACAUGGCAAACAGCCUCAUAGACAAGAGCUACAAAGGAAUGAAGAAAGAAUUCCCAUCUGUCCAGCACAAGUUCUGGGAGAAGAAUCCGCUUGAUGAAAUUAAUCUUGAGUAUGCAGACAGAGAUGGGUUUGUGGCGUAUGAUCUGUACCGUAUAAUCCGUCUCUACAACUAUGGAUAG